ACCAGCACCUGUCUCCCUCCCCUGAUCCCCUCACUCUCUCCACUCCCAGACUCCCAGUCCACUCACGAUGCCAGAUCUCGACGAGUCACCCAUUCCACCCCCUCCGCUCUCGCCCCCACAGCUGGCGACCUCGUCUCGCACCGCCGCCUCCUCUCAUCCCCUCCCCAGCUCCCCUCCACUCAUCCGACGGCGGCUAGAUGCGCACACAACCAGCGACCAACAUCACACAAAGGUCGCCACCGCCGGCGGUGGAAGGACAGUCUUCUACCGCCGCUAGCCGCAGCCUCCGCCUCACCCUGAUCCUCGGCCUCCUCGACCGCCGCUCACUCUCCUAGGAAGCACCUCGCCGCCUCCCUGCCCAUGCCGUGUUCGCCGACUGCCCUGCUCGCGCUGACCUCGCCAAUCUCGCGGCCGCGCUUGGUAGUGCUCGACUUGUCCUCGCCGCCGCCAGCGGCGACGGGUCCUUGCCGUGCCUCUACCGCCUCGUGGCCGUUUCCUUUGUCGAGCCUGCCGUGCCAGCGACAUGAGCAGGAUGGUGUACCGGCUUCACAGACAUGUGGCCGUCGAGGCUUCGGAUGAGGUCGACGCAGAUGAGAACAGUCCAUAGAGCCGUACCAGGCAGAACAAGCUGUUCCACGCAUGGGGUCUGAUUACAAUAUUUUCGGAGAUGCAUAAUAUGCCAAACACUUCUAAAGGUGCCUCGUCCAUGGGCGCAUGAUAGUGGAAAAACAUCUGUAAAUUGUGCAGGAUCCUAUAGAGCAAAUGGGCAUCAUCGACAUGCAGUACACGCUCUCUUAGGCAGAUAAGUAACCUCAGACAACUUAUUUUGUGAAGAUCGGUGGUUCAUGGUCUGAAAGUUUUGUUUUUCUCUCUAAAUUUUGUACUUAGAUAAUCCCUUAAAUGCUUUUUACUGCUUGAUCACAUAAUACAUGUCCGUGCAAGAAAGGAGUUGUUAAUUGAAACAAUAAUGUUAAUUUUUGUUGUUAACUGAAACAAUAAUGUUAAUUUAUGUUAACUACAAACUGUCUUGGACAUUGGUUUUUUCAAAUUAACUCCGUGUUGAACUGGUUCUUCUUGUUGUGUGCUGCAGCCCAGCAAUCUGUUCAUGCCAAAUGAUUGAGUCCUGGUGAGGUUCAUUGCUGGACAUGCACGGUCUCCGCAGGCAAGGAACACAUAAAAGUAAAUCAGCGUGUUAUCAGAAACUCAUGAGCACGAAAGAGAAAUUUGGAUCAUGUGCGAACAUGGGUAGAGAGCAGAUCGAGGAGAACUUGAAGAUUAAAGGCAAUGAAAGAUAUGUCUUUGUAUCCGUUGCUUAAUGGCAACAUCGACAGAAAGCACCGGUGCGCCCUAUUGGAAGCGGGCAACAACUUAGACGUGUUGGUCACUCGUACCCCAAAGACUAACUGGCUGAUACACGAUUCAUGGGUUGAUAGGUUAAGUUGGGCUGGACUUCUACCCUUGGCACGGCUGGUUCAGGGUACAUUGGAUGAGUGGAUUGAUGGUCCGGACUUAGAUGAGGCAGGUGAACCAGUGCAGUUACACAAGAGGCAAGUGAGACGUUUCUCUUACGACAAGUCACUCCUUACCUGCUUAGUAGAUAGAUGGAGGCCAGAGACACAUACGUUUCACUUCCCAUGGGGAGAGAUGGCGCCUACUUUACAGGAUGUGUUGUACUUGUUGGGAUUACCUCUGGCCGGUGCUGCCAUAGGUCCCUUAGAGGCAGAAUCAGGGUGGCAAACAGCGAUGCAGACCCGUUUUUUGGCUGCGGUCCCGACUGCUAGGGCCAUAGACAACGAUCCUCAUGGACCUCUUUUUAGAUGGUUGAGCCAGUUUCAGAUUGUCUCGUUAGGACAUCCCAAUGUUGAGUUCUCGGAGGCACAGAUUGACCGGUCCUUAGAGGCAUAUAUUCUUUGGCUGUUCGGCAAGACGAUGUUUACGGAGAACCACGUGACCACUGUCGAUGCACGACUCAUCGGUAUUGCACGAGAGAUAGCUGACGCACGUUGCCCCGCGGAUAUUCUACAGAGGAGUUUUGGUUCUGCUGUGUUAGCGGCUACGUACAGAGGCCUGUGCAAAGCUUGCUUGUUGAAGUCUAGAAAAUCUGGUGUUGUUGGAUGUCCAUUAUUGUUGCUGCUCUGGUCAUACGAGAGAUUCCCUACUGGACGACCCUAUGUCUACAUUGAUAAACCUUUUGGUUUGGAGGACUUAGCUGGGGCUUAUGUGCCUGCUAUCGGCGACUUACCUACUAUGGGUUCUGUUUGGGCACGGCGAGAGAGACAGUUUGCACAUAGUCAGGUUAGGGGAUGCUACCCGUCCUUCACGGCGCAGUUUGAUAGUUUGCACGAGGAUCAAGUUAUCUGGGAGCCAUACUCGGCUGAGGCUAUAUCAUCGAGGUACCCAGUUGGGAUUUCUGGAUUGUGCACUAGAGAUCGGCAUUUUUGGAUGACCAAGGCCAAGUUGGUGUUCGAUGUGACGGUUGAGGAGAUGUCUCUUCAUAGAGUAAUGAGACAGUUCGGUCUAUAUCAAGAGCCUGAGAUUCCAAAAAUUCCACAGUUGCCAGAGCACGUGCACAAGGACAGUCGCCUAGGAGGAAACAAGUCCAUGGAUUACUGGCUUAAGAGCAUUACCCCUUACGUUGACGAAUGGACUACCGCUGCGACAAAUACCUGGGGUGAGGGUCGGGCCUUUAACUGGCAAAUGUUCGGGUUGUAUCUGCAGCGUUACCGGCAUACAACAAGGAUCUACUUGGUUCCAUCAGCUGCUCCUGAUCAGAUCGAAGCCCCUCUCACCAGCGAUAUGUACCCAACUGCCUCUGUUGUGGGAACCAGACACCACGCGGGUGACUUGACAGUACAGGCGCGAGAGGAGGUUUCCGCUUUAAUGCGGCGCUUUCAGAGGGGAGAAACUAUCCCACCGCGAGAGGGCGUCUCAUGGUUGAGGCGUCUUGAUGACAAGCUACGGGGGAUUUACGCUGCUGUUACGUGUAGACGGUCUUCGGAUGUUGCACUUCCUCCUCCAGCACAUCGUCCGCCACGUCCCUCUGUACAGCAUUCAGAACCACGACCCUCUGUGCAACGUUCACAACCACGACCUUCUGUGCACCGUGCAGAACCUCAUCCUUCACAGCCAGGGAGCUCUUCUAGGCAUGAGCCACCUCCUUCACAGCCAGGGAGCUCUUCCUGGAAUGAGCCACCUCCUUCACAGCCAGGGAGCUCUUCCUGGCAUGAGCCACCUCCUUCACAGCCAGGGAGCUCUUCCUGGAAUGAGCCACCUCCUUCACAGCCAGGGAGCUCUUCCUGGAAUGAGCCACCUCCUUCACAGCCAGGGAGCUCUUACUGGCAUCAGCCACCUCCUUCACAGCCAGGGAGCUCUUACUGGCAUCAGCAGAUGGAACUAGGCGGCAACCUGUCGCAACCGUUCAUGCAUUCAGAGCAGUCACCCAUCCUUAGUGGUGGUGCUGAUUACUUUGAGGGCGACCGCGAGGAUGAUGACCAUGCUACAAACAUUUAUGGCUUCUCGCAGACAGUGUUUCACACUCCACCACCACCACCGACGCAGGAGACACAGACCGUGACAGACGAGGUUAACUAUGGUCGUGGUUAUCGCGAGCCUCGUCCACCGCCUCAGCGCUUAUCGCCUUCCGGUCCUCGCCCGAGGAAGACCCAGACUCGUCGCCGUCCCCCGCAGUGAUAUGCUUAUUAUCUAUGUAUGACUCAUUAUCUAUGUUAAUUUCAGACUAUUCGCAUAUGCUUAUUAUCUAUGUAUGACUCAUUAUCUAUGUUACUAUCGCACUUCCUUCUAUCUGAUCAGGAGACAUAUAUUGUUUUAUGUA